GCUGUCGUUCUUGUGCUCCGCCGCAGGGCAAAAUGGCGAAGCACGUAUCGCCUUACCUCCAUCGCCGCCACGUUCAUUACCUUGAUUGCGCCUUGCGGAUCGGACAUUUUUGCACAGGUUGACCCGUGUCUCGGCGAAGAGCGGCCGGCCCAUUCCAAAGCAGUCAUGCUUUGUCCGACGACCUAGCAGCCGUGCGAAAGCGACCUUGUCAUAGCGGCGACGCCGGAGGAAGGCCGAUCGGAUCGAUGGAGGCCAAAGCGCCACCGAAAGACUCCGAGACGGAGGAAGACGGCGCUUCGGGGCACGCCUGCGGCGUGUGCGGCCGCAGCUUCCCGCUCCUCAGCUCGCUGUCGCAGCACAUGAGGCGGCACACCCGCGAGAAGCCGUACAAAUGCCCCUACUGCGACCACCGGACGGCGCAGAAGGGAACCCUCAAGGCGCAUGUCCGGAGCCACAAGCUUGGCCUGUUGGGCUUGGGCGAGCGGCAGGAGGAAGCCGUGAUAGCCGACACUCUGGAGAUGGUGAGGAAGAAAGGGAGCAAGAAAAAGGAGAAAGACCUCGAGGCGGAGGGAUGGGACGCGGGGCCCUUUUCCUGCAGCGUCUGCGGCCAAGACUUCCCCCAGGCGCCGCUACUCAAGUCGCACAUGAAGCGGCACCGGGCCGGCCAGGACCACGGCUGUCGCAUUUGCGGGCGCCGCUUCCGCCAGGCGUGGUUCCUGCAGAGCCACAUGCGCAUCCACCGGGUCAAAGCGCAGCUGCGGGGCGCUAAAGAGGACGAGCCGCCCGCCACCAUCAACGGCGUGCCCCAGGACAGCGCCGCCUUGGCCAACGACGAGUGCCUCUACGAGCUGUGCGGUAACUGCGGACACUUUUUUGCCGACGGCGAUACCUUGCGCGCGCACGAAAGCUUACACAGUCACAGCGCCCGGCAAGAUCCGGAAGCCGGGCAGCUGACGAAGAACCGUUUUCUGGAAAGCCUCCACCUGGCCCGUGUCGCACCAAAAGAAGCCCAGGCGGAGAGAAAUCCAGGCCGGAGAAUACCCGAGUUGGAUCCGGUGUGCAGCUAUCAGGCUUGGCAGUUAGCCACAAGGGGGCGACCGGCAGAAUUAGCCGAGCGGUGUCUCGGCUGGGAGGAGGGACUCGCCGAGGCGGCGUACGACCCGGUCAAGAGCGAAUACGUCCCCGGCAAGUCGGAAAAGAAGAGAAAGGCCACCGACGUGGCCGCUUCCAGCGCCAAAAAGAAAAAGGGCGACGCGGGCCCGGAGCAAGCGGAUGAGGCCGCCUGGGACAAGAAGAGCUUGCAGAAAGACCGCAUCUUGCUCAACGGACUCGGGCGCGCCUUUUACGAGGCCAUGCAACACAGAGCCAGCAAAGACAAGACUCGGGAGCAAGAAGAUGCAAAGCCCCUGUCGCGCGAGCACUGUGACUUCCACGCUGCGGACGCCGCCUCGCUUCUCACGUCUCGCGCGGCGAGCCAGAAUCUUAGCAAAGGCUCCAGGUAUGUGGACUACCUCAGGAAAAGAAGCGCGCUGCUUUGUCAGCCUUAUUGGAACCCCUACCCCGGUUUGCCUGGAGAGCUGAGCAUCAAAUCGGAAAAGUUGAACGACGGCGAGGCCCAAACGCCCAGCGAUGUUUGCGCUCUUCUGAAUUUGUCAACACCGGCGGACACUAAAGGCACGGAACCAGCGCAAAACGAAGCGCUGCCGAAGCACCGGUGUCCGUAUUGUUCCCACGCCACCUGUUACCCCGAGGUGCUGUGGAUCCAUCAGCGGGUGUCGCACAGGGUGGGCAACGCAAGCUCGGCGGCCCCCAAGUGGGCACCGUGCUCUAACGGCGCCCGGGGUCCAAAGGGCUCGCGGUGGAGACGCACGGGAGCUCCGCCGUUCCUGGAAGGGAAAGACUGCCCGAUGUUGCCCGCGCCCAGAAGCGGGCGCACGCAAGCGCCAGCUGGCAGCGGCACCAAGCAGCCGCCCGCUAAGAGCCAAUCGGACGCGGGGUCCAAACCUCAGGGAAAGGACGCGAAAACCCCAGAUUCACGUGGGAGGGCCAAGUCCGAGCAGAAGCGUUCAGCGGACGGCGUGGGCAAAGCGAGCUCGUCCGGGAGAACGGCGGCGGUGGGACACUUUCCAAAGGAGGGCUUGGGCUUCAUGUUGAGUCACGGCGGUGGGACGUCGUCCAAGUCAGACGGGCAGCAGCACCCCGAGAGGGUCCCUUGCCCGAGGCCCAAAGCGGCCGACGACCUUUGGGCCGCCGUGAGCAUGCAGGGGCACCGGGCCUACUUUGCGCCGUUACUUUACGCUCAGGCCAAGAGCAACAUUGCCGCAGCGGCCGCGGACAGGCCCGCCGAGUUUGAGGCGACCAGUCUACUGAAGAGCUACGGUCCUCACGAGUUGGCGGCCCUUUACCAGCACUGGGGCUUUGUGGACCCCAGGGUGGACCCGCGGGCCAUGUUGCGGCUCAACGGACAUUUUGUAAACGAGGUCCAUUCCUCGUCAGAUGCUUCCAAGCAAGUGAGCGGGCGCUCCACUUCUGCCUCGUAACGGAACACCCACCCAUCGCCACCGUGACUUCAUGACCCGAAACGAUGCAAUGGCCACAUUCUUGUAUGCAAUGUCAUCCGGUGGAAUCAUCAGGACUGGCGUCAUUGCGUGGACACCAGUAGGGGAGAAAUCCAACAUAUGUCCUGAUCAAAAUGACGUUACCGGUUUGGGCAUCACUAUCAUUUUGUUCUGGUCUUUGAACAUGAUCGAAGAAAAUGAGGAAGAAACGGAAAAGUCUGAAAGGGUACAUGACGUAAACGGAGGGAUUGAAUCUGUCAAAAGUAGGUGAUUGUCAGCGGGAGAAGUUCAGGUCCAAAGACUUGUUUAGUAUGACCAUCUCAUUCCAGUUAAUGUCUUUGUGUUUGCAGACUCGUGUAGUGUCUUUCUACUUGUAGUUUUGUAUGUAUGUCUCCAUAGGAAAUGUGUUUGUACCAAAACAACAAGCCAUCAAAUAUA